AUAAUUAUAUUUUAAGUUAUUUGCAGUAGUGUCUUGCAAACUCAGGCUUUGGCUUAGCACAGUGUAAUACAUAGUUACUAAGCUUAUUAACUCAAUUAACUUAAAUUAUUUAUUUACUGAUCAGCCAGCAACUGCAUGAUUGCUGGAAACAUCCGGUCUAGUGAGAUAUAAAUUUAUAAUUUUUAUACGUGGAAGCCGUAAAUCUAACUCAUUCCGUGCAACGAUUUUAAACAUGAAAUGCAUAGCUAAGUUGACAAAAAUUACCAAGUUGAGAUUGCGAUAUAGUCGAUCACGUUGAGUUUGCACGUUUUUAGCGCUCGUUAGGCGAGCUCUCUUUGUUCUUUGGCGGCCCCGAUAUUCAAGCAUUGCAGAUCGAUCGUACGUAUAGUAGACCCAUUAUAAUAUUGUCGCCGACACUUCGUCAUUAGCCAAGCCUUUUCCGUGUUACUUUCUCAAACUCAAGUGUGUUUGAUGAGUGAAGCGUGCACUCAUGAACACGGCACGCGACAAACGUGUGUGGUACAACAAAUCCUACCAAGCAUACGAAUAUAUCUCAAAGUACUGCAAAUCUGGGACGCUUGUAAGAAAGCGAGGUAUGUCUGUACACUAGCCUAGGCAGCAGGCAAACACGACACCUAGAGUAGCGGGUGCUUAACUGACGUCACGUGACAUCCUCUUUCAUCCACGAGGUGCAGGCGCCUGUAGAACCCUAGAAGUCUUGACGGCGUCUUGUUCGGAGGGAACAAAUCUUUUGCAGAAACGAGGAGAGUCUACCGGACGUUCUGCAGUUGUUCGAGUUAAUUUGACAAUGAAUACGCUUUGCUCUGCUAUUGUUGUUCUUUCCUUACAUCAGCUCUUCUUCACCUCGGCUAAUGCAAUGCACAAAGCCAACAAGUCCGGUUCUGCACUUGAAGAAGUCAAGUUCACAGACGGGCAAGAAUAUGAAGCUGCUGUGUGUACCAACAGUCAUGAGGCACAAAGAAAUGGUGGGUGUUGCUCGAUUACUGGCUACCAUCAAAUUAAUCCAACGAAGGGUUAUGAAUUCAGCAUCUACAUCAAAUCGACGGCAUCUGACACGGUAAACUCAUUUGGUUUCUACGUUUACAAUAAGAACAAAGAAAGAAUAUUGAAUCCUAACUUGAGUGAUCCCUAUUUCAAGAAAAGCAGUAACGAUUCAAACGCGUGGACCAAAUGGACGGGCUACAUUCUUCCUCUCUACAUGUCUGACUCGAACAAUGACAGCCAACCGGAUUCUCAGUUUGAUGAGACAAUCGGAGUAGAUUGGAAGUGGCCACCUUAUGCUAAAUAUGUUGCCUUACGAUUUGGAUCGUGUGGUAGUGGCAGUCAAAAAUCAGAAACAGUCAUCAUUCGUAGGAGCUCUCAUGUGCCUUCGCCAACAUCCGAUCAUAUACUUCUUGGCUCCAUAGCUCCUCCUAUUAGUAAUACGCCAUCUGGCAAUACUGGUGUUCCUCCUGUCAGUAAUACGCCAUUUGGUGACACUGAUGUUUCUCCUGCAUCUCCUACUACAAUUGAAAUUAGCACUACACCUCCUGCACCAUCUCCUGUAGACAAGACGUGGUACCUGUUUCCGGACAUUCAAGAAUUCAAGACUCCACUGCGUCCUGGACAUGUUGGUGUCUGGACCUUCAACAUAUCUGACUUCCAUGAAUGGGAUGCAAAACCAAACUACACUGGGAAAGGAUAUGUAAACGUACAUGAUACACAUACUCCCAUAGCCAAGAUGGUUGAGGGAAAAGAGAGAAAAUGUUAUUAUCCGUGGGGCAUUACACAUCUUUUUGAGAUUGAUUCAAGCAAAUCAUAUGAGUUCAGUAUUUGGAUCUUGAGCACCCAAACUGAACUUUACAACUUUCUUGGUUUUCGAGCGUAUGACGAAGACAAAAAUCUUCUGAUCUUCCCAUUACUUCCAAGUGACUUUCAGCAGUAUUAUUCCAACAUCACAACCAAACCGUAUUUCAAGAGAAGCAACAAUGAUACAACAGAGUGGACAAGAUGGAAUGGAUUUGUACUUCCAGACGAAGCUAACGACAUUCCUUCCCACUUCCGUAAUGGACGAAACUGGAAGUGGCCUCGAGGUGCCAAAUAUGCGCAGUUGAGGUUUGGCACUUGCUAUGGCAAAGGAAACGACCAAGGAAUCACCUAUUUCGCUCUUCCUCGAGUAGUGCAGACUGAUUUUCAGCCAUAAGUGAAACAAUUCGACUUAUAAGUCAUGCACCUGUAUCUUUCCAGUCCAAGUAGCAGUAAUUAAGGACUGGUUGUUGUGACAUUGGUAGCACUUGUCGUUGUGUUGAGACUUUCGUUUUAGUUUCUGUUGUGACAUUGGUAGCACUUGUUGUGUUGAGAGACUUUCAUUUUGAUUUCACGGCUUUAGUUGUAGCGUGCACGGGACGUAGUGUGAAGUUGUCAAAUAUCUAAAACCGUG